AUGGUGCUCGACCGGAAAAAGAUGAUGAAGCUCCGGGUGCAGCUGCAAUGUAAGAAUCUUCACGAGUACCUCCGUGAGCUGAGUCCUGAGCUCCUGGACCGCCUCUACAACCACCCAGCCACAUGUCUGGCUGUGUACAGGGAGCUGCCGUCUCUGGCCAAGAACUAUGUCAUGCGGAUGCUGUUUCUGGAUCAACCUCUGCCCCAGGCGGCUGUGGCUCUGUGGGUGAAGAAAGACAGUCAGAAGGACCAUGACGAGUGCGUGUCCAUCCUGAGCGGCCUGCGUCUUUGGCACAGUCAGCAGCUCCAGGGCGGCCUGCAGGGGUACAUCCUCAACCCAGUGUUCAAGGACAACCUGAGGAUCGCCCUGCUGGGAGGGGGUGCAGCCUGGGCGGAUGAGGGCAGCAGCCUGGGUCCGGAUCGCCACGCCCGGGACAUCGAGUCUCUGGACAAGUAUGCCCUGGAGAGGUGGGAGGUGAUUUUGCACUUCAUGGUGGGCUCCCCCAGUGCUGCGGUGAGCCAGGACCUGGCCCAGCUGCUGGUGCAGGCUGGUCUCAUGAAGAGUGAGAACGGCGAGGCUCCGUAUAUCACCUCAGCGGGCUUCCAGUUCCUCCUGUUGGACACAGCCUCCCAGCUGUGGUACUUCACCUUGCAGUACCUCAAGAGUGCUCAGUCGCGGGGCAUGGACCUGGUGGAGAUCCUGUCCUUCCUGUUCCAGCUGAGCUUCUCCACACUGGGCAGGGAUUACUCUGUGGAAGGCAUGAGCGACUCCCUCCUCACCUUUCUGCAGCAUCUGCGUGAGUUUGGCCUUGUUUUCCAGAGAAAGCGGAAGUCCCGGCGGUACUACCCCACCCGCCUGGCCAUCACCCUGGCUGCAGGAGUGACCAGCAGCACAGCCCCAGCCUCCUCCUCUUCCCUCAGCUCUGCUCCUGGAACGGGAGAGGCCGGCUUCAUCGUGGUGGAGACCAACUACCGCAUCUAUGCCUACACCAACUCGGAGCUCCAGAUCGCCCUGGUGGCCCUCUUCUCUGAGAUGUUGUACCGCUUCCCAAACCUGGUGGUGGCCAUGGUGUCCAGGGAGUCUGUGCAGCAGGCCAUCGCCAACGGUAUCACCGCACAACAGAUCAUCCACUUCUUGAGGACACGUGCUCACCCGGUGAUGCUCAAACAGACCCCAGUGCUACCCCCUACCAUCACAGACCAGAUCCGCCUGUGGGAGCUGGAGAGGGACCGGCUGCAGUUCACGGAGGGAGUGCUCUACAACCAGUUCCUCUCACAGGUCGACUUUGAGAUGCUGCGAGACCGAGCACAGGGCCUGGGCUGUCUGCUGUGGCAGGACGCCCCCCACAGGGUCAUGGUGGUAUCACAUCAGGGACACAGUGAAGUCAAGAGAUUCUGGAAACGACAGCGCAACACGUAG